CUGCCUAAGCUCCCCAUCCAUUUGUUUAACAAGUAGUGUCUAUUCCAGAUUGUCUCUUGCUUGGGACGGCCUUUAUUUGUGGAUUCGGCAACUACUACGUUAUCACGGCCAAGUGUUGCUAGGGUAUGUGUGGAAGUGGAUCUUUUGAAGACUUUGCAUUCACAGAUUUGGAUCCAAAUUGGAGAGGGUCAUGGGUUUUGGCAAUCUUUAAAUCCAGAAAAUUUAUCAAAUUAUUGUUGUCACUGUUACCGACAAGGUCAUGGAGAAGAAGACUGUCACAUUAAGAAUCCUAAGCUUUGACCAAGACAACUAUCACGUCCCGAGGCACAACCUAUUUUAAAGCUUCGACCUAAGAAGGCUAAUGAAAGUGGUAAUCUGCAGGUUUCCGCUACGACUGCCACAUACAAUAGGCAAACUACAACGGUUUCUACUGCUUGGCAGGUUUCCUCUACGACUGCCGCAGACAAUGGGCACAUUGCAUCUGCUUCUACUGCUGGGAUUGGGGUAUCAUCAGGUGUAGUUGACAUUCUCAUAGUCCCAACUUCCGAGAUUGGUUCUACCCAAAUUUCGAAUGGGUUGGAGUUGACGUUAAAUCAGGCUGUUGUAAUGACUGAUGCUGAAGUUAUUGUUGCUGAACGAAUUCCUAUUCAGGCUAUUGGGCCAAGUGUAUCACUUGGUUUGUUUGAGGUUGAGUUUCAUAAGAUACAAAAAUUCGAGGGUUCGCUGGUUGGAUCUUCUGCUCAAGUUAACUUAUCAACUAUGAUCGAUGAUGGUAUCAAAUCUGCUGCUGGUCAUAUCAUUCAAGAUAUGGUUGUUCGAGUGAUUCAAGAAAAUGCUGAAGAGGCUGCUAAUUAUGCUGGUGUUGCUGCCUCUAGUGUUGAUGGAUCCAAAGGGGAGGAGGAGGAUGUUUUGGAAGAGCUUCCCUCUCAGGCAGGAAAUCUGUCGCCGUGUCAUCCACCUCGCCACAGGAAUUUGGUGGAGCUCUCGCAUCCUCUCGUUGAAGCGUUGAAUGUUGAUCAAGUGGCGGUGUUUGAGCAAGGGUUCAACCCAGCUAAACAUAGGGGUAUUCGUGCGAAAUUCCCAUCAGAUAGGGAGCUCAGAUGUACUUCUGCUGAGAGGCAUUAUUUGUGGAGGGAUUUGCUUCAAGACAAACCAUGUGGAGCAGUUUGGUGUAUUGUGGGGGAUUUCAAUGUGAUUGUGUCUUCUAGUGAGAAGAAGGGUGGCAAGCCCUAUCAUCCCUCUGAGGGGUUAGAGCUUUUGGAUUUUAUGAACAAUGUUGGCAUUUUUUAUGUUGAGUUUUUGGGUUCCAGAUUUACAUGGUGCAGUAAUAGGUAUGGCCGGGCAAGAAUUUGGAAAUGGUUGGAUCGAAUGCUGAUUAACAUUGAAUGUUUAGACAUGGCUUCUUCGAUUUUGGUUUCCCAUUUAGUGUGUGAACCAUCAGAUAAUGCACCGCUCCUUAUUUCCUUCUCUUCUAGGUUGGAUAACAAGUCUCGCUUGUCCAGAUUUCUAAAUAUUUGGACUUCAAAUGAUGGUUUAAGGGCUGUAAUAAAGGCAGCCUGGCAAGUAGAGGUGACAGGUUCUCCAUUCUACAUUGUACGGGUGAAAUUGUGUGGUGUUGCUAGAGCUUGCAGUAGUGGAACAAGGAGAUAUUUGGGGAUGUCUUCUGCAACGUGAAGAAGGCUGAGAAAGCUGUACUUAUAGCUGAAAACUGCAUGCAGUUGGAUAACUCAGAGGAGGCUCAUAUUGAAUUACAACGGGUCAAGACCGAAUUAAAAAGGGUAUUGGCCAUUGAAGAGCAGUUUUGGCGUCAAAAGUCUAGAAUUAAGUAGCUACAGCAUGGAGAUCGAAAUUCACGAUAUUUUCAUUCGGUGGUCAAACAGCGAAGGUUUCAGGCAAUGAUUCAUAGAAUUAAAGACGUGAGUGGUAAAUGGAUUAUGGAUGACGAUGAAAUAGGAGCAGAAGCAAUUGGAUAUUUUGGUACAUUGUUUUCGGUAGACCCUAUUCCUGAGUAUCAAUUGUUGCAUGCUAUCCCUAACUUGAGCUCUGAUAUCAACAAUAAUUUGUUAGAAGCAAUCCCAUCAUUGGAUGAAGUUAAGAAGGUGAUCUUUGACAUGGAUGGGGAUAGUGUAGCAAGACCGGAUCGAUUUACGGGAAAGUUUUUCACAUUUGCUUGGGAGAUGAUAGCUCAGGACGUCUACGAGAUGAUAGUAAGUUUUUCUGCAGUGUGGAACUUCCUCAUUUUGUAACUGUUAUGUCUAUUGUCCUUAUUCCAAAGGUUAUAAAUCCUUAAGAUUUUACCCAAUUUUGCCCUAUUAGUGUUUGUAAUUUUUUGUAUAA